AAGAUGGCGGCCGGCGGGCUGAGCGUGAGAGUCGUAGCGUUGGAAGAUAUCAUGGAAGGCUCCUGUCAGUUGUCCCACUACCAUUGCUUUGCCUGGGCAAGCGACACUCCUUAUUUCACCAGAAGCAGCAGGGAACUGUGGACCAUAGUGCUGGGCAGAUCAGCUUUGAGAGAACCAGCUCAGAUUGCAGAAGAGUUAAAUAAACGCUGGCAGAGGCUACUUGAAGGGCUUUCGUAUUACAAACCACCCAGUGCAAAUUCAGCAGCAAAAGUAAAAGCUGAUAAAAAUGUGGCUGCCCCACUGAAGGAAUUGGGUCUGAGAGUCAGCAAAUUUUUGAGUUUGGAUGAAGAGCAAAGUGUGCAGCUGUUACAAUGUUACCUGCAAGAGGAUUACAGAGGGACCAGAGACUCAUUAAAGACUGUUCUGCAAGAUGAAAGACAAAGUCAGGCUCUAAUAUUGAAGCUGGCUGACUACUAUUAUGAGGAAAGGAUUUGUAUUCUUCGCUGUGUCCUCCACCUUCUCACUUACUUCCAAGAUGAGAGACACCCUUAUAUGGUCCCGUUUUCACAGUGUGUGGAAAAACUGGAUAAGGAACUGGUUCCUAAUUAUAGGAAACAGUUUGAAGAGCUAUUCAGAGCAGAAGCACCUACGUGGGAGACCCAUGGAAGUCUAAUGACAGAGCGGCAAGUCUCUCGUUGGUUUGUACAGUGCCUCCGUGAGCAGUCCUUGCUACUGGAAGUCAUCUUCCUUUACUAUGCCUAUUUUGAGAUGGCUCCUGAGGAGCUGUUGGCAUUUGCCAAGAUGUUCAAAGAGCAGGGAUUUGGCUCUAGGCAGACCAACAGGCAUUUGGUUGAUGAGAGUAUGGACCAUCUAGUAGAUCGUGUUGGGUACUUCAGUGCUCUAAUUCUAGUGGAAGGCAUGGAAAUUGACUCUCUGCAUGAGCGUUUGUUGGAUGACAGAAAAGAAGAACAUAAAUUUGCUAGUAGUGGGCAGAUCCGGCAGGAAAUGGACAGCCUAUUGUUGACUUUAGGGGAUGUUCCCCAUCAUGCCCCCAUCCUCUUGGCUUGGGCUUUGCUUCGCCACACCUUGAGCUCUGAAGAGGCAACCAAUGUGAUCCGGCGCAUGGGGAGCACUGCUAUCCAGCUGAAUGUUUUCCAGUAUUUGACAAAGCUGCUUCGGUCCAUAAGCAGUGAAGGAAAUUGUAUUUCUAGCACAGCGUGCAUGUGUAUUUACGGCCUACUUUCCUUUGUCCUUACCUCACUGGAGCUGCACACACUAGGCAAUCAGCAGGACAUCAUAGAUACAGCAUGUGAAGUUCUAUCCGCUUCAAGCAUUCCUCCACUCUUCUGGAAGACAGAACCAACUGCAGGACUGGGCAUUAUCUUGGACAGUGUUUGUGGGAUGUUUCCCCACCUCCUUUCUCCACUGCUGCAGUUACUUACUGCACUAGUUUCAGAUAAAUCUACUGCAAAAAAGGUAUAUACCUUCUUGGAUAAGAUGUCUUUCUACAUUGAACUGUAUAAGCACAAACCACCAGAUGUGAUAUCUCAUGAAGAUGGUACCCUGUGGCGAAGACAGGUGCCAAAGCUGCUCUAUCCCCUUGGAUUGGGUCAAACAAAUCUCCGGAUUCCUCAGGGAACAGUGGGCCAGGUGAUGCUAGAUGACCAGGCCUAUUUGGUACGAUGGGAGUAUUCGUAUAGUAGCUGGACAUUAUUCACGUGUGAGAUUGAGAUGUUGCUGCAUGUUGUGUCAACUGCUGAUGUAAUCCAGCAUUGCCAGAGGGUUAAACCAAUCAUAGAUCUGGUUCACAAAGUCAUCAGUACUGAUGUGUCAAUAGCAGAUUAUCUUCUGCCCAUUACUUCUCGGAUCUACAUGUUGUUACAAAGGUUAACUACUGUGAUUUCUCCUCCCGUUGAUGUUAUUGCUUCCUGUGUCAACUGUUUGACAGUACUGGCUUCCCGAAUGCCUGCAAAAGUUUGGACUGAUCUUCAUCAUACAGGCUUUUUACCAUUCGUUGCUAAUCCAGUUUCCAGUAUAAGUCAUAUGAUCAGUGCAGAGGGAAUGAAUGCUGGAGCCUAUGGUAACUUGCUGAUGAGUAUUGAGCAGCCACAAGGCGAAUAUGGUGUUACUAUCUCCUUCCUGAAUCUAGUCAUGACAUUAGUCCGGGGCCAGCUUGGCAAUACUCAAAGCCAGGGUUUGGUGCCUUGUGUCGUCUUUGUCUUAAAAGAGAUGCUGCCAAACUAUCACAAGUGGCGCUACAACUCCCAUGGAGUAAGAGAGCGAAUCGGAUAUCUUAUUCUUCAGCUGAUCCAUGCAAUCUUAAAUCUUUACCCUGAAAUGGAUCCGCAUAGCAGCAGUGCCCCCAGCCUGCAGUCCCUUUGCAUCUUUAGCUUGGCCAAUACUGAAGCUGCCGUCAUCAACAUCAUGGGCAUUGUGGACACCAUUGACAUGGUGAUGGCCACACAAUCCAGCAGUGAUGACUCUCAAGGCCAGGGCCAGCUGCUUAUCCAAACAGUGAAGCUGGCAUUCUCUGUUACCAAUAACGUCAUCCGGUUAAAGCCUCCAUCCAGCAUGGUGUCUCCUCUAGAGCACGCCCUUACUCAGCAUGGUGCCCACAGAAACAAUCUGAUUGCUGUGUUGGCGAAGUAUAUCUACCACAAACAUGAUCCAGCCUUGCCACGCCUUGCCAUUCAGCUCCUGAAGCGACUGGCUACAGUGGCUCCAAUGUCUGUCUAUGCGUGCCUUGGCAAUGAUGCUGCUGCUAUCCGAGAUGCCUUUCUGACACGUCUGCAGAGCAAAAUUGAGGACAUGCGUAUUAAAGUCAUGAUUCUUGAGUUUCUCACAGUUGCUGUAGAGACACAGCCUGGUCUCAUCGAGUUAUUUCUCAAUCUAGAAGUAAAAGAUGGGAAUGAUGGUUCUAAGGAAUUCAGCCUGGGAGAAUGGAGCUGCCUUCAUGUAGUUUUGGAGCUGAUAGAUUCCAAGCAGCAGGAGCAAUACUGGUGCCCUCCACUUCUGCAGCGAGCCACAGUCGCCUUUCUCCAUGCCCUGUGGCAGGAUCGCCGAGAUAGUGCAAUGUUAGUCCUCCGGACCAAGCCAAAAUUUUGGGAAAACUUAACUAAUCCACUCUUUGGAACCCUUCCUCCACCCUGUGAGACAUCUGAGCUGAGUGUCCUGGACACCUGUGCCUUGAUCAUGAAAAUAAUUUGUCUUGAGAUCUACUGUGUGGUCAAGGGUUCUUUGGACCAGUCAUUGAAAGACACACUUAACAAGUUUUCCACAGAGAAGAGAUUUGCAUACUGGUCAGGCUAUGUGAAGUCCUUGGCAUUCCAUGUGGCAGAGACAGAAGGCAUUGGCUGCACCUCUGUGACCGAGUACCAGAUGCUGAUCUCAGCAUGGCGGAUGAUGCUCAUCGUCUCUGCCAGCCAUGCUGACAUUAUGCACUUAUCUGACUCGGAGAUCAAGCAACUGUUCCUGGAUGUUUUGAGUGGGACCAAGACUUUGUUGCUGGUUCCUACGUCUGUGUGCUGCUUGCAACUAGGAUCCAUGCUAAGCACCCUUCUGUUAAUCCUGUUGAGACAGUGGAAAAGCGAGUUGGACUGUGUGGAUAAAAUCAUAAAUUCCUUGAUGCAGAUCCUGGAUGGCGUGCUUCAGGCUGACCAGCUGAUGAUGGAGAAGACCAAAGCCAAAGUGUUCUCUGCACUGAUCACAGUCCUCCACAUGAAAGAAAUGAAAGUGAGCGAGAUCCCUCAGUAUUCCCAGCUGGUGUUGAGUGUGUGUGAAACACUCCAAGAGGAAUUUAUUGCCCUCUUUGAUCACACUCGGCAUUGCUUGACCUCUGGAGACUCCACAGAUGACAAAGACAGCAUGGAAACAGAUGAUGCCUCCAGACAUAAGCAGAAAGACCAGCGAGAUGGGGUAUGUGUGUUGGGACUUCAUCUAGCAAAAGAGCUCUGUGAAAUGGAUGAAGAUGGAGAUUAUUGGCUACAAGUUACCAGAAAAAUCCCCAUGCUCCCCACUCUUUUCACCACCCUGGAGAUCAGUUUAAGGCUGAAGCAAAACCUCCACUUUACAGAAGCCUCAUUACAUCUGCUGCUAACUUUGGUCAGGACCCAGCAGGGGGCAGCAGCUGUGGCAGGAGCUGGCAUCAUGCAGAGCAUCUGUUUGCCCCUCUUGAGUGUCUACCAGCUGAGCACUAAUGGAGCUGGUCAGGUGCCACCUGCCUCUCGGAAAUCUCUGGAUGCCCCUUCCUGGCCUGGAGUCUAUCGUCUUUCCAUUUCGUUGAUGGAGCGCCUUCUGAAGACUCUCCGGUACAACUUUCUCACUGAUGCCUUGGACUUUGUAGGUGUCCAUCAAGAGAGAAUCCUUCAGUGCCUGAAUGCGGUCCGAACAGUGCAGAGUCUAGCCUGCCUUGAGGAAGCAGAUCAUACUGUGGGGUUCAUUCUUCAGCUUUCCAACUUCAUGAAAGAGUGGCAUUUCCAUCUGCCACAGCUCCUGGGAGAUGUGCAGGUGAAUCUGUGCUACCUGUGCCAGGCUUGCACUUCGCUCCUCCAUAGCCGCAAAAUGCUUCAGCAUUAUUUACAGACCAAGAAUGGCGAUUCCCUUCCAUCGGCUGUCAUGCCUCGAGUCCAGCGUCAUCUGCAGGCUUCUGCCAAGCCACCAAACUCGGAGACAGAAGCAGCAGAGCAGAAGGCUCUCCGCACUGUGCAGUACAGCCUCCUGAAAAUCCUCAGCAAAUCUCUAGCUGCCUUGCGCCACUUCACCCCGGACAUCUGUCAAAUCCUCCUUGAUCAGUCGUUGGACCUUGCUGAGUACAAUAUCCUUUUUAUGCUGAGCUUUACUACUCCCGCCUUUGAUUCUGAGGUGGCCCCCUCCUUUGGGACACUGCUGGCCACUGUCAACGUGGCCCUCAACAUGCUAGGAGAGCUGGAUAAGAAGAAGGAGUCUCUCACUUUGCCUGCAGGGCUGACCACCCAGCAAGAAGGAAAUAAGACUCUCAAGUCUCUUCUUAUGUUUACAAUGGAAAACUGUUUCUACCUGCUCAUCUCUCAGGCUGUCCGGUAUUUGAAGGACCCAGCUGUGCACCCAAGAGACAAGCAGCGGAUGAAACAGGAGCUUAGUUCAGAGCUGAGUACUCUUCUCUCCAGCCUCUCCCGUUAUUUUCGCCGUGGCGGCCCCUCUUCUCCUGCUACUGGUGUUCUCCCCUCUCCGCAAGGAAAAUCUUCGUCAAAGCUAGGGCCUGAAGGACAGGAACCUCUUUUCCAGCUGGUGCAGGCCUUUGUCAGACAUGUGCAAAGAUAGAUUCCAUGCAGCCCCUUUCAAGAUGAUCACCCAAGUUCAUUUCCAUCAGCUUUGGGCCACACCCCUGGCGUCAGGAGGAAGCUUCAACACCCUCGCCAGAAGAGCAUGCUCUCUAAAGGAAGUGGAAUGGUCCAAAACCAGAUGCCUUCUUAAGAGAAAACUAGUUGUUGUUUGUGUGAGAUGAGUCAAUCUGGCUUGGCCUUAGUGAACCAAUUCCUUAUUGUUACAGUUCAUGUAGGAAGGAAAUUGGAGGGAAAGAGAUUGGCUUGAAGGGACCCUUCCCACCCUUUCCUGGAUUGGGCAUUAACCUCUCAGUAUAAAGAUGCAGCCUGCCUCUGGUGAAGCGUAGACAAAGGAUGGAACCAGAAGUGAAGACCUAUCUGUCGACUUCUCUUAGUUGUCCCAUUGGACCAGGCACUCCUGCUCAGGUUUACCAGAGUGCAGGUGAGACUUUUCAAUGGUGGGGGCAGCCUCUUCCUUCAAGACACAUUUUAAAGCCAGAAUUCCAUUGCUUUGGUCUCACUCUUUUUGUAUUACUUGUUCCCUAUUUAUACUGAUUAAAAACAUUUCUAAGCAAUA